AUGAUAACCAAAUACAUCACCGGCGUAACAACCACCUUCUCCCCCUUCAACCCGCGAUCAGGCAAAACAGUCCGCAACUUCCUCGCCUCACUGCCACCAAACGCUCGCUCCACAAUGGCCAUAAGCAUCAAAAUGCUCCCUCAAACACAAGCGCAAGAUCCCGCGACUCUGGCGUUAAAAUUCAAGGAUGGCAAAGAGAUGCAAUUGGAUUUGGAGAAGAUGAAGAUUAAGGAUAUUCAGACCGAGGUUGAUCGCCAUUCGAGAGUGUUGAGACGGGCGGAGGAUUUGGCUGGAAAUUAG